CCACAAGCUAAACCCCAGUUGUGUAGUGUCAGCACGUGGUAAGGCACGCUAAAACCCUACCUGUGGCCUGAAGUCGACUGUGAACCAUAAAACCUCGUUCUCUCUCCGCAACUUCUGCACACGCACGACGCCUGACCGGAGAGGAAAGAGCAAUGGCGAAGCGUCUCAUUCCAAACCUGAACAGGGUUCUGGUGGAAAAGAUUCUGCCUCCCUCCAAAACCAACGCCGGCAUUCUGCUCCCAGAGAAGACCACCAGAUUGAACUCGGGGAGAGUGGUCGCUGUUGGUCCAGGUGCUCGUGAUAGAGACGGCAAUGUUAUUCCUGUUUCUGUGAAGGACGGGGACACUGUGUUGUUGCCUGAAUACGGGGGGACUGAAGUAAAGCUCGGCGAUAAAGAGUAUCAUCUAUUUAGGGAUGAAGACAUCUUGGGGACUCUGCAUGAUUGAUGUACAAGUCAUCUUGAUCAAGAGUUUAAGUAAUACGCUUUCUUGCUCCGUCGAAACUCUUCUGAUUUUGGUUUAGGCACUUGCCAAUAUGGUUAGCGUGCCAAACUGUAACUUGCACAUUGCUGAUGGAAGGACAACCCUGUACGAUCAGCUUUCUUACCCCAGUUUUUCUAUGAAAUAUACGUGAGCAAACAUUUUUUGUUA